AUUUUGCAAGAAGCAUUUUGUUUUUGAACUCUGAAGUGAGAAGAUUACCGUUUUUCCGUGCAAUACGUUUUAGACGUUCGAAAAGAUGCUAACUCGAGGUCUCUUUGUGCUGUUCAGCACUGCUGUCCUCUUCUCUGAGCCGGCUCAUUCCCAGAGAGACGCAACUCUUGAACGCGAAACAUUCGGCACGGCAGUUGUUGAAGCAACCAGGUUGAACAUCGAUCGUCUGAAUAGGGCUCUGCGUGCGAAUCAUAGGUUCUUUCGGCGCCUCGCUUGGGUUGAAACUGCUGAUGGUACGUCCUCGAUCACCUACUCCAACCGGACGUAUCACGGCGGAAUAUGGAGAGUGGAUCGCUCUGUCUAUGAAGCAACCUUGGCAUUGUACAACGACCCGAGUUACGCUUUCACCUUUAGUGACAUUCAGGGCCAACUUGGCAUAAACUGGAGCACCAGUACGUGGGAAGAUGGCCGUAGACCACUGUACUCGGCACUCGCUGCUCGACUCUAUUUCCUUAGCUUGGGGCGUGAUAUCCCACAGGAUUUGAAUGGUCAGGCUAUACUUUGGAGAGAAGAAUACCAUGAUCAACCGACAGAUACGGUGGACAAUUUCAUCAGGAAGGUCCAAAUUCUUGAAAGUGAACAAGGAUGUUCCGUCAAGGGCAUAGACCUUGUCUUUGUUUUGGACAGUUCAUGGAGUGUGACAUCCCUUAACUUUGACAUAACCAAGAACUUUGUUGCGAGUGUCGUUGACUCGUUUGACAUUGGUGCCGACAAGACCCGAGUCGGUGUCAUCAAGUAUGCCACUGACGUUACAGUCGAGUUCAACCUUAACGAAUACACCGACAAAGCACUACUCAUUGAAGCCAUUGGAAACAUCUAUUUCACCGGUGGGGAAACACACACAGUCGAGGCACUGGAAACUGUGGAAAGUGAAGCCUUCCUAGUCGCGAACGGAGCCAGAGCGGACAUGAAUGCGGUACCUCGAGUAGCAGUUGUCAUCACGGAUGGCCGUUCACAAGACGGGCCUGCAGCCGUGGCAGUACCGGCAGACCGGGCUAGGCAGAGAGGAAUCACCAUCUUUGCCAUCGGUGUGACCGAUAAUGUGAAUGACGCCGAGCUUAACGCCAUUGCUAACCAACCAAAUGACACCUACGUGUUCCGCGUCAGUAGUUUUAACACUAUGGACAACAUUAUGGCCACUCUUCAAGACAAAACAUGUAAUGCUCCCAGCACUCUCCGAGUACCAGUACUCAACAAUUCUCUCAGUCUUGGAGACAAGCAAUUCUUGGCACAGCCCAUCACUGAGGAAGGAGUCACCCUAGACAUCGCAGCUGCAGAAGGCAACGUGGUCAUGUACGUGUCCACAACCACACCCAACCCGAACGAGGCACUUCAUGACUACCGUCUGGAAGCGACAGAGGGCCAGGGAAGGGCAGAAGUCUUCAUCGGACCUGAGGUAUUCGUGGACAAGCGGAUAUUCUCUCAAGAUACUGAUGGUGGCCGUAUCCGAAGACAGGCACCGAGUCAGAAUGACACCAGAGAUGGUUCCACCAUCGGCACUGUGUAUAUGACCCUGGAGGGCCUGCAGGAUACCAACGAUUUCGUGUUGAGGGUGACAGAAGGUGACGUCACUGCCGAGCUAACCACUGUAAAGCCGGAGGCUACACCUGCAGCUGGGGCUGCUAAGACCAUAGCUUACAUUGACCUAAAUCUGAAGGCACUUGUCGCUGCCGUGAUGAUGAAAUUGGCAAUGUUUUAGACUGGGUGACCUCGAGUAGCGCGGGGUCAGAUUUCCUCAGUGCCCCAAUGAGUCCAGUCAAAACAAAAAUCGCUUUAAAACCGUCACCUUCGAAGGACAUUUUACUCAGACCAAUUAAUGCAUUUGAAAACCAUCAAUGUCAUUACUUAAUUGAAUUAAAGGAUAAGAACACUUUAGAACGGUGUUUUGGUAAAACGGUAAGCGAACAUAAAUUAAAUUACCGUAUAGUG